AUGCGUGCUGCUGAAAGUGAUUGGCUACAAGAACCUGAAUCUUCCAGUGCUCCCGAAUCCCCGCCGGUGAGGUCUGGCCGCUUGGGACAUGAGCCUUGGGGUCGCUUUGACUGGAAGUCGAAGCUUCUACAACGUAAUCGGAGGUUGCUCAACAAUCAGCUCCAUGACCAGCACCCUACCCGUCCUCUACGACGAUACAAGCCCGCUUCUGUCGAACUGCGUCCGGACAUGCCCUACUUCGAAGAGAUUGACCGUUAUAUCAAGCGGUAUGACCCUUUGCUAAUUCAGGAGCAGUCUGUCGAGGACGAAGCAUAUCUCGAACGGUUAAGAGAGUGGCCUCUGGAGAAGCUCAUUGAGGAAGGGUAUUGCCUCACAGGGCUUUCCGCGUUUUGGCUCGAAGCCACUCAAUUUGGGAAACCGGUAGCGGUGUUUUCACUUGGGCCGGGGAAGGCAAUCUACUGCAGUCCCGGCCGUCAAGUCAUACUAUCAAGAUCGCAUCCCAGCGAGGACGGCGCUAUAGUUGGUACCGUUCUACUGAAGACUUCAACCCAAAUUCGUAUAGUCUUUGACAAAAAGGAGGAUAUCGAGGAUGGAACAUGGCGGCUAGAUAUCACUUCCACUGAUAUCUCCUUUCAACGAAUGCGUGCCGCCAUCUAUGCAAUGACACAAGAUAUUCAUGACGACGCAUUUCACUCUAACAACAGCGCGGAGGCAAUCCUGCAUGGGACUGCGUUACGAGAUGCGCUGUUGAAUGGUUUCAAGGUCAAGACGUUAAACAAACCAAACUCAAGUUCCGCGGCUUUAGAUGACUAUCCCACAAAACCACAUGGAAUAUUCUCGGCAAACCAAACAAUACAUAGUUGGGCUGUGCGGUAUCAGAGGGAGAACCCAAUCGCCAUUGAAGGCGAUCCUAAGUUAGAUUUAAAUCCUCCUCAGAUCAGGGCAAUUGCCUGUAUGAUAGGGCAGAAGAUCAGUCUCAUUCAAGGGCCUCCUGGAACAGGAAAAACUCGGACUUUGAUAGAAGCACUAAAGUUACUGAAGAAACAUUUUGGUGUCCCCAUCCCUAUACUAGUUUGCACGUAUACGAACGUGGCAGCCGACCACAUUUUAGAGGGUCUGGUAGAAUGCGGCUUGCAGCCGUUGCGAGUUGGUUCGGCUACGCGGGUACGCCCUCAUCUGCAUCCAUAUACCCUGGAUGCCCGAAUCGAGGGACAUCGUCAUAAGAAAGCAAUUGACCGUUAUCGGGAUGAGCUCAAUCACCUGGAACGGAAGCUCCAGCUCGCAUACCAACGGAAUGACGAGGAUGGCUUAGAAUCAUUAAAGGAGAAGGUAAAUGCUUGUCGAGGAAAGAAAUAUAGGCUCGAGCAGACCAUGUUGCAAGAGAUUAUCUCUAACGCAGAGGUUGUUUGCACUACAUCUAUUACUUCUGCAUCGGCAGCCCUUCAGGUAAUAGACUUCCCAGUUGUAUUCAUUGACGAGGCAUCCAUGUCCACCGAGCCUGCUUCCUUGAUUCCCAUUAUGCGAGGGUCCCACCACAUAUCACUGAUCGGAGAUCAUAAGCAACUUCCUCCAAUCAUCAGAAGCGAAGACGCCAAGGCAGGUGGUCUAGCCAUCAGCCUCUUUGAACGUCUUAUGACGGAGGGCAAUGUCCCCACUGUGAUGUUGGAUCGUCAGUAUCGUAUGCACCCAUCUAUAUCCAAAUUUCCGAGCAAAGAGUUCUAUGGAACUCGCCUUCUCGAUGGCACUGUGGACAGCAAGGGACAGGUGUCCGCAAAGCUUAAUCCGCCCAAAUCAUCACAUCUCGUCCUGAAUCCGUCCACUGGAAAUUCCCCAUCUGCAGUGUUCUUGGAUCAUGGCGGUCCAGAGGCACGGAAGGACAGGAGCCUGGUAAAUCAUAACGAGGCUGCCAUUGUGUGCAGUGUUGUCGUGGACUUGCUGCUGAACAAUCCCUCCAUCCGAGGCUUAGAUAUUGGCGUCAUAGCUCCAUACGCUGCUCAGAUCAAGUUCAUUGAACGCAUGCUAACGAACGAUGAUUCCUACCAAGGACAUUUCGUGAAAAUUCUCGGUCGACACCGUGCUCUCGAGUGCUCCUUGAUUGAAGUCAAGACAGUCGAUGGCUUCGAAGGGCGCGAGAAGGAUAUCAUCAUAUUCUCCACUGUCCGAAACAAUCAGUCUGGGCACAUUGGCUUUUUGGCAGACCGUCGACGCCUAAAUGUUGGCCUCACACGCGCUCGGAGAGGCUUGUUCGUCAUUGGUAACAUGCGCACACUUCGUGCAGGCAAAGUGGGAUUCUUCCAAGAAGUCGGCGAGACUGCAGUUCCUGUCCGAACGCACCCUGUGCACUCCGAGAUUGAGGGACAAGUGUGGCGCCGGUUCAUCGAUUUCAUGGCCGCGCAGAACUUGGUCAAGAACGUUCACAGUCAUUUGUUGAUUCCUCAAUCAAACCCUGAAUUGCCGGUUGCUACGACUGCUGCUGUUUCUUAG